GAAGUGAGAGUUGUACAUUAAUAUUUGUUUCCCAAGUUUUAUUAUCAGCACCAUUUAAAUGGUGUUAUGUUUCUAUGACUUUUGUGAACGUUUUUAAAAUAUAGGUGGUACGAGCCCCGUUGUUUGUGCUAUUCACGGCGGUUGGAGGCUCGAUGGGCUCCGAUGGUCCGUAGUGGUAAUGGGAGGAAGCCGGUUUUUUGAAUUGGUCGAAAGUACAUUGUGCAGUUAGUCUGUGACCAAUAAAAGUCGACAAUACUUUUUCGUUUAAAAGUUUAAACAUGGCUGUAAGCUGGCCUUUUGCAGCAGUGCCUUAAUAAUGCUUAAAUAAAGAAGAAUUUGAUUAUGAUAUUUGUGACUAGCGAAUCGCUCAAUCAGACGACGCAAAUAUUCCUAUGAUUCGAAUAAGGAGUAUUACGUUACAUUGGCAUUCCAGAUAAUAUAACUAAUUUUGUCCACUUUAAUGAAUAUAUGUUCUGACAAAUCAUCAUAACUCUGCCAAAGAACAAAUUUUAAGGCACAGAGGGGAAGUACCUGGACUGCUAUCCAUGUAGCGUGUGGUAACCUCGAAAUUUCGAAACGAGAUGUAUUCAUGGAAGUCACAUGUGCAAACAAAACUUCCGCUGAUUUUCUAAUUUUUUGAGAGUAAUUAUUUAGUAUUGUUUCUGAACGUUACCAUGCCCUAUUUUGUAAAGAUUUUAAUAUUAAUUUAUUUCUGGAAAGUUGUCCUCUGUUCGUCACCUGAUAAAAUAAAAGCCCUUUUUGGGACUCACUAUUGUAUAGCCGGAUCGUUAGCAUCCAUAGAAGAUCAAACCCUGUUUAGACAAAAUGAACAUAUACAAAGUGAAGAUUUAUCAAUCUCUGAGUUUACACAAGGCCAAUUAGAUGUGGACAAGACUAUCCUGAGUCAACUGUAUGAAUUGGCCGCAUUUAAUGCUAUAAGUUAUUCUUAUGAAUUAAUUAAGGAGGAGGGUCCAUCACACAAUCCAACUUUUACUAUAAAAUUGUUUCUUGGUAAUGAAGGAUACUUAGGUGAGGGAAAAAGUAUAAAAAAAGCUAAGCAUGCUGCUGCAUCUUUGGCAUUGAGAAGUACGGAAUAUGAACAUCCACCAUUGAAAAUUAAUAAAAAUGAAAAGUCUAUGACUCCAACAUCUAUUUUGAAUAAUCUAGCAUUAAAACUUGGUUUGCCUGUCACUUAUUCAUUAGUGACAAAUGAUUUGGACGAUUAUGAAAAUCAUCAAACUGGGGUGGAAGUCAAACAGAAAAGGUCCUACACGCAGCAACUAAAUGACACAAUCUAUUUAAAUGACUCAAUUAGGAUAAGGAAGUAUGAAUUUGAGACACAAGGUCCUUUUAAAGUUAGAGUUGUGGUUAAUGGUGAAAAGUUCAUUGGGGAAGAUUACACCAUUAAAAAUGCUAAGCAUAAAGCUGCUGCUAAAGCACUGCAGAGCUUAAAAGAUAUAAAAAAACAAAGUGAUUUUGUAUGCUUGAGGGAAGAUGACACAGAAUCUUGUAAAAAUGCAAAACAAAGCAUUAAAUCCCCAAUAUCUCUUGUGUAUGAAGCAGCUCAGAAACGAAAUUUGGAGAUUUCAUUUGAUGUAAUUGAUGAAAGUGGCCCUUCUCAUAAAAAAACAUUUUACACUAAAUGUGUUGUUGGGCCUUUGGAAUCUAUUGGUGAAGGAAGAUCAAAAAAAGAAUCCAAAAGGGUUGCCUCAGAAAAAAUGUUGGAACAAAUCAAUACCUUGCCAAUUUUAGAGAACAGUCUAAAAACUCAAAAACCUUCUUCAAAACAAAAAAGAAAGAAGAAGAGUAAAGUAGUUAAGACCACAUUAGACAAAAUUAACAAAAUGACCAAUGACUUUGUUGAAUUUGGUAGGAAUUUAAUUAAUAAAUUAGGUACUGAAAAGCUGGAUGAAAAUUCCAAUAAUCAAAAACCAAAGCAUGGGAACUCUCCUUCUGAUGAAAUCCUGAAAUUGGGCAAUAUAUUAAACUUGCACAUGCAAUUUUCUGAUGUACAAGAUGGCGGCAAAACUUAUGCUAUUCUUGACUUGGGGACCAAACCUGCUUUUAUAUGUUUAGGAGAAGGUGUUUCUACAAAAAAUGCAAGGGACUUGGCAGCUACCCACGGAAUUAAAUAUUUAUAUAAACUCGGUCUAAUGGAUAAUUUUAAGGACAAUCCAAAAGAUUCAGUAAGCAAUACUUUAGAAGAAUAUCAGAAUGUGUGGCUACAUGUUUUAGAAGAAGAACAAGAGAGUUCCAAGCAGUGAGAUUUUAUGAUCUUUGUCUAUUAAAAAAAACAAAUAAAAUUUCAUUAAUAAUUUUCUUUGAUUUUCCAGAA